AUGUCCGUCGACGCCAACCCGCUGCUGCCGCUGCAGGUCGCUUUUGCUGCGCUCCUCGAAGCCUCGAUCCACCCAGCAAUCGACGAUGAGCUCGUUUCGUUUGGGACCACCGAUCAAGCAGCGCUUCGCCGCGCGGUCGAGUGCCUUCCGCCCGCGGGAGCAUCGACCGCACUGCUUGCAACGCUGCAGUUUGUGUGCCACGCUCGCGCGAUCCUCUCCGUGUGCAGCAACUACAUUGACCAACACAGUGGACCGCACGAAACCAUGGCUCAGCUCGCGCGGCUGCUGCCACCGACAGAGCUAGACCAUGGGAGCCGCGACGACGACGGUGACGACGACGCGGACGACGAACUCUUUUUGUCUCCGAGAAAUGAGCCUGCAGUGGUGCCAUACUGCGCACCACAAGCACCGCCACCUCGAAGCGUCCCACCUUCAUGGUUGGAUCGAUUGCGAGAGCUUUGGAACCCCAACGAGACCGACGAGGCGACGGACGAAGAGAUGACGAUUACGUCACCGACGACCAACAAUGACGACAACGAGACAGCAAAUGUCACCAGCGCAACGCCGCCCGUUGCCCUUCCUCUCCACAUUACGACGACCAUUGCGUCCAUGGUCGACGAGUUGUCCAAUCUCAAGCUCCAGCUACAUGCACUGGAAGCGUUGGUCACCUACAUCACCUCAGCAUCACAUGGGGACAGCGGCGCCUUGUAUGCGGACCAGCGGGUGCUGCCGUGUGUACUGCACGCGAUGCGAAUGCUCGCAAAUAGCAAGCGGGCGCAACUGGCGGGUCUCUCGCUCCUCGGCAACCCAAGUUUGGGCGCGCUGCCGGCGCACGCGUCGACUCAAGACUGCCGGCGAAGCAUCCUUGGGGCCAUGCUGCGCUUCCCCGCACACCCACCGCUGCAAGGUCUGGGGUGCUUGGCCCUUGCCAACUUAUGUAAAAAUUCAAGCGGUGUCCUCGACACGGUGGCGAAAGGCGGCGUUGACACGGCGAUUGCUGCCAUGAAGCGCUUUCCGACCGACCCGACAGUACAAUCCUCGGGUUGCUGGCUUCUCGCUACGAUAUGCGCCGUGGACGAGGAAAUGCAAUACGCGGUCUUGGACGCCGGCGGCAUGGCAAUCGUCGAGACGGCAGCGCGCUCACUGCCCGACGACCCGCGUGUCCAUGAUCACGCCAAGAUGGCCCUUGACGGAAUGCUGCAGAAACACCCGAGCCGCGACACGCCGCAGUGCCUUCUCCAAUGA